AUGAAGUCAAUUAGAACACCAUCCUUGAAGCGCUUCUUCUCUGACUUUACACUCGGUUUCUCUGAUGGUCUAACAGUUCCCUUUGCCCUCACAGCAGGGCUGAGCUCUCUGGGCAAAGCAGACACUGUCAUAACAGGCGGUUUGGCAGAGUUAUGCGCCGGCAGCAUUAGUAUGGGAAUUGGGGGAUAUCUCGCUGCACGCGAUGAGUGUCUCCCUUGUAAUUCGACUCUCUCAGAUGAAGAGGACCCGAAGCAUCACGGCGGUAGUGACGAAGCAAGUGAGACUGAUUGCAUGGUUGAGCAGUCAGAGAAGAUGCAAUCAAAACUGGAUGAUCUCGUUAGGCGUCAUCUUGAGCCACUGGAUCUACCUGUUUCAACAAUCGCGACAAUUCUUGGCAGCAUAGAGCGGGAACCAAAGCACUUACGACACACCAUAUCAAAACUCGAAUCAUUUACAGAAAACACCAUACUUCCGGAUCCUUCACUCACACCUUCGCCUAUUUUAUCUGGGCUAACUAUAUCGCUUGGCUAUGCGAUCGGAGGCAUCAUCCCUCUUUUACCAUAUUUCUUUGCCAGUACUGUGGGCAUGGGACUCCGCUUGAGCAGCAUUCUGUGCCUGAUGGUAUUGUUCACAUUUGGAGCUGGUAAGAGUUGGAUCUUGAAUCCGGAUAGAGGAAAUGUUGUUACUUGCCUCGUCGAAGGGUUGCAGAUGUUGGUUUUGGGGGCUUUAGCUGCUGGUGCGGCAGUUCUAUGCGUUACUUGGGUUGCUGAUAGAUAG